GGGAGCAGCGGGGAAGGAGAUGUUCCUCACCUCAGCGCUGGAAGCAGGAUGAAUCUCAUGUCUAUGGCGACAGAUCCCGAGCUGAAAUGGAUAACCCUGUGGGUCCGCAUCAGGUGGGCGGCCGUGCUGGCGCUGCUCCUGGGCUCCCUGGUGAUGCUGCUGCUCCCGCUGGCCGCUGUGGACGAUCAGUGCCAGGCUGUGCUCAAAGGACUCUCCUUCCUGAGAAGUAAACUGGGCGCAGGCUCUGCGGGGGUCACAAGGUACACCGGACAAACAACCGGGCUGAGUGUGACCUCCAAGGGGCUGGAGCUGCUGGUGCUGAAAAGCAAGGCAUCACCAGAAGUGAGGUUAGAAGCCAAAGCAGCCCUGAACCAGGCCCUCGAAAUGAAGCGCCAAGGCAAGCGGGAGAAAGCCCACAAGCUCUUUGUGUACGCCCUCAAAAUGGACCCUGAUUAUGUGGAUGCCCUGAAUGAAUUUGGUAUCUUUUCCGAAGAGGAAAAAGAUAUUCUUCAGGCCGACUAUUUGUACUCCAAAGCACUAACCCUUUCUCCCUGUAACGAGAAGGCUUUGAUCAAUCGGGACCGGACGCUGCCUUUAGUGGAAGAGAUAGAUCAGAGGUAUUUUAGCAUCAUUGAUAGCAAGGUUAAAAAAGUGAUGGCAAUCCCCAAAGGCAAUUCUGCCCUGCGCCGGGUGAUGGAGGAGUCCUACUAUCACCACAUCUACCACACGGUUGCUAUCGAAGGCAACACUUUGACGCUGUCGGAAAUCCGACACAUCAUCGAGACCAGAUACGCUGUUCCUGGAAAAAGCUUAGUGGAGCAGAACGAGGUGAUCGGCAUGCACGCGGCUUUGAAAUACGUUAACACCACGCUGGUGUCGCGCAUCGGCUCCGUAACCAUCAGCGACAUCCUGGAAAUCCACCGGAGGGUGCUGGGCUACGCCGACCCUGUGGAAGCCGGGCGGUUCAGGACCACUCAGGUGUUUGUGGGACAUCACAUACCGCCGCAUCCCCAGGACGUCGAGAAACAGAUGCAGGAGUUUGUGCAGUGGAUGAAUUCGGAGGACGCCAUGAGCUUGCACCCCGUGGAAUUCGCGGCGUUAGCUCACUACAAGUUGGUUUAUAUCCACCCGUUCGUAGAUGGCAACGGAAGGACCUCACGCCUGCUGAUGAACCUCAUUCUCAUGCAGGCUGGCUACCCACCCAUCACCAUCCGUAAGGAGCAACGGGCCGAGUACUAUCACGUCUUGGAAGUGGCCAACGAGGGUGAUGUGAGGCCUUUCAUACGCUUUAUUGCCAAGUGCACCGAGACGACUCUGGACAUGUUGCUCAUCGCCACCACCGAGUACUCCGUGGGCUUACCUGAAGCAGACGGCAGCGCUGCUGGGUGCGAACAAACUAUCCCUGUCAAGACCUGAGGGGUUGUGGACGUUUAGAAGCCAAAAAAACGUGUGGGAGAACAGGAGGCCAAGACACCCAGUAUUCCCACUGGGAAAUAACUCGACAGGAGCGGUCACUCUUUAGCAUUUCCUUUAUUUAAAGUGUCUUACAUUUGAUUAAAUUAAUAUAAUUUAUUUAUAUACAUUAUGC